GAAGCGGUGUCUCGGCGCGCGAUUACCUCGAGAGUGGCCACGAUCACGACCGGCUUCCCCGAUGCAUUUUUGCGCGCGGAACGAUUCCCUCUCUGUCGGCACUACUCAGAAAGUGUGCGGAAACUAAGCGAAACGUGUCGCUGACUCCCGUGGCUGAUCAGGUCGUUGACAGGCGACAAGCAGGUGCGUUGAUCGGAGUUGUCGAUGUAGGUACCACCCGGUCGGAGGGGACGCGACGCCAAGUAUCGAAUGCAUAUCAGAAUCUAUUGACAAUGUCAAAUUCAGAGGAAAUGGACAGUUACGUAUCAGAUACGCAAGAGGCCUACAAAAAUGCAAAUGAAGAACCGAAUAAAAAAAAUUUUAAUGAAGAUGCAAGCUGGAACGAAAGUCAAGAUUUUCAUCUCGUUGUCGAAGGAGAUGAGAGCAUGACAGACAGAACAAAGCUCUCCAUGGAAGAUGCUAAUCAUCAAGAUUCUACUGAACAAUCAAAUCUGCAACAAAUUCCAGAUAUGUCACAAACAGAUGAUAAAAUAAUGGCCACAAAUGAUGAAAAGAUCAAAAAUAUCACAGAUGGAAAAACAAUAGAAGACGAGAGUGUGGGGAAUGUACUUAGCGAUGUAAACGAUUCAGCGAGGAAAGAUGAACUUUCUGACGAAGAUGAAAUCAUCCAAGCUACACCUCCACAAAAUCAUUCACCACCUAAGAAAGGAGCUGGUAAUAUCGAUAUUACGAGUCUAAAACGUAAAGCUGAGUCCAUGGACGAAUUGCCAGCUAAAAUCGCUAGAACAGCAUCUGUGGAAAAUGUAGCAGAUGCUGAGAAACGACUGGAAGAAGAAGAGGUAAGUCAUCAGUCUGAUGGAUCUGAUGAUUCGUGUCAGGAUCUGUUCAAAAAUGUCGACAAAAACGUCGUAAUAGAAGAGACCCAAGAGUCAACCAACCAAGAAUUCAUUCAAAACUCUUUAGCGAGUCCCCUUGAAAGUACAACCGAUGAUAAUAAGACGCCGAAUCCUUGUCAUUCCAAACAAACAAAUCCACAAGAGCAAGUCUUCUCUGAGAAAUGUAGCAGUAUGGAGAAGAAUGAGAAUUUGAAUGUUUCCGCGAAAUUGGCCGACGUCAGCGACAACGAUAGUAUUAUUGUCAAUGUAAAUUCCAUGCACGAAAGUGAUUCACAAAUAGAAGACAAUGAUUUGCCGAGCGAAGUGAAGAGGAAUGCUGAUUCAACGGUCACUGUCGAAAAAUCCACGACUGAAACAUUAGACGAGAUAAAUAAAUCUGUAAAUGUAAAGGAGACCGAAACGAUUUCCAACGAAAGCAAUAAAAUUGAGCACACGAAUUGCAUCAAGAAAACUACCGAUGAUGGUAAAGAAACUCCUCGAGUCAAACUGCGAACCAGCGUGGAACUGAUAUACGAAAGCACGAGUCAAAUUGCCGACAAUGAUGAAAAUAAAUCGAAGGAAGUGGUAGAGAUCGACGAGGAUGAAGGUGAUAAGAUUGUAGAUUCGUCGACCGAGGUAAUCUACGAUCGUAAAAAUACCAAACCGGAGCCGGAAAUUGUUGAGAUUAUAGAUGACUCGCGCGAGGACAACGAGAGGAUUCGUCCGGGACUCGUUCCAGACUCAGGAGAGGGUUCCGAGGUACAAGUCAUGGAAAAGAACAGUUUCGAGAAUAAGAGCAGCGUUGAUUUCAACUACAAGUCUACGGAGAGUAUGAAAGAGUCGUCAUUGGAUUCGAGACCACCGACGACGGACAAUAAAGUGAUGAACGGUAGUCUCGAAUCCAAGAAAGCUGAUAAUGAUGUAACUCUGAGCGCGGAAUCCGAUACCUUCUCCGUCUAUGAUGCGCCAAUCUUUACAAAAACCGACAGCAAUCUAGACAAUAUAAAAAAAUCGGAUAACGUCAAGAGUAAUUCUUUCGUAUUCAGGGAUCCGGACAACAUUGAGUUGAUCAAUAUAAGCGAUAAUGAUACAUCCAAUGUGGAGGAGAAGAACAAAUCUGAUCUAAUUCACAAUGGUACAUCGACGAAGACUGUGCAGAUGGAGCGAGAGAUCGGUAUGUACGUCAAGCUUAAAUGCGUACUUCACAUGGACGAAAACACGAAGGAGUAUGUGAACAAGGAGCUAACGGCAGUACAUUGCGAACCCGCGGUAAUCGAGUCUACGGUGGGUAGGCAAAAGAACGAAGACAGCCAAUCUUCACUGGCGGAUAUUUCCGACAAUAAGGAUUCGCCGCCCUGUUCUGUCAAUAGCAAUCCCCAAUUAUAUCAGCUACCUUCCCGAUUGUCCAUUAUGUCAUCGAUCAGUUCAUCGAGCUCGAUGUCCAGUGCCGCUGCUCUAACCGCGAAGCUCGCCCUAAAGGCACGUGGGUCGACGAAAUACGCAAAGAAGCUGUCUUCCCAGGAAGCGCUACACGUACUGACAGAUAAGUUGAUAUCGGACGAGACCUAUAGUCGCGUGACGCGCGAGUGGAAAAAUCACCACUUGGUGACUGCAACAAUUCUGAAUUGCGCGAACACGGAACUCAAUACCACGAAUGUCAGCAACGUCGAGCUGAUGGAUCAUCGUAAUCAGCACUUAAGAGAGAACUUUGUACGUUCAUCGACACCAUCGGAAGAUGCCGCUGCCGAUGAGAAAAUAGAGUUAACCGCUACACCGAAGAGCACGAAAAAGGGAAAGGCUGUGAAGAGACCGAGGAGCAAACUAACGAGGACAAAUGUCGCGCAGACUAACGGCAAUGAGGACGUGACGAAUAUAAAUACCGAACCAGCUCUGCAUGUUUCCUUCGCAGAGACCGACACACCGUCCGGCAGGAAGAAGAGCAGAUUAGAAAGUACGGAAAGUAAAUUAGGCAUAGACGUCCUAGCGAAUUCACCUGCGAGUUCGCUGCAAAACGAUCCGGCCGACGAACUAAUCGGUAAAAGUGUGUUCGCCAAAUGGUCGGACAACAAUUAUUAUCCCGGUAUAGUAGGUGAUCGAAUCAAGACCAAGUACAAAGUGAACUUUUAUGACGGCAAAAGCAAGACACUCAUACCAGAGUUCUUGAUACCGAUACCAAAGAUUCUGAGGGAGGGUCUGUCCGUGUACGCGACCACGAAAGCCAAUGAUUACGGCUCUGUUGGUAUCAUCGUCGACUCUCAUACAUCAUCGACGAUGAGCAACAGUAAGGAUAAUAGCGACACGUAUUACACGGUGGAGAUCGACGAAGGUGAGCCAUUGCAUGUGCAAGUACGGGACAUCUUUCUUUCGGCUGAUCAGGCGCAGGUGCUUAAGGAGGAAGUAGAUUACGCGGACAAGAGCUCCUUGCCGAGCACACCGAAGGCACUGGGUCAGGUAACGCUCGAUAAUGUGGUGGACGGCAAAAGGCGCUCUAAGCGAAUCGGUACGCCGGUCUUCUCGACUCCCAAGUCCAAGAGCAGCGGGACUAGCAGUUCGAUUAGCAGCAAGAUCAAACCCUCGGAACCCUCUGGGUCCGGCGUGUCCGUCAGAUUAAAGGACACAUUGGAAAAUGAAAGCGUAUCGAGUGACUCGAACGUCGAAUCGGCUCAAAUGGACAUGUACGUUCUGAAAGGUGUGCAACGAGAAAUUAUCAGCACACCAUACGAACAGACUGCGAAAGGUUCGCAGAAUAGAAUCAAAGGAAAGCCGCGCAGCAGGAAGAAGAUAGACGAUCCGCAGACCAUUGCCAAACUUGGCCCGAUUCCACAGGCAAACUCUAAUAUUUUCAAGGGCAUGUCGUUUAUCCUCACUUGCGUGCUCAUGAAAGAGUUGGAUAGGUAUAAAGAUAUAUCUAGCGUAGAAACAGCUACCGAUACAGAGACCGAGAACGAGGAUGAUUGGAUGGAGCAACCGUUCGUGCGUGACAGGCUGCACACGCAGAUCCUGGCGGGCGGCGGUAAAAUUUACGAGGACUUUGAUCAAAUACCAAAGGAGGAGUACAAAAAUACAAAACUCAUUACAAACGUGCCAAACAGAACAGCAAAAAACAUACUGUGCCUAUCAGUUGGCAUCUCCGCCUACAAUCAUAAGUGGAUAAUUAGAUGCUGUUUAGAAGGAAAGAUUGUGAACGCGGCGGAUUAUGCGCUUCCAACUGGUUGGAGUUUGCAGAAGAAAACCUAUGUAGAAACGUUCCAAGUGGGUAAAAAUAAGCCGUUAUCGGAGAAGAUCGUAAUAAUUCCCAAUUUGGUAUCUGACGAAGAGUUUGCCAUAUUCUGGCGGCAAGUUUGCGAGAACGCGGGCGCGGUGGUCUUGAUUGCCGAUAACUUGGGAGCCAUGGAAGCUAUGGAUUUCGGCAGUAAUAACGUAAUAGUUUUGUCUAAUCUAACAUGUCCGUCGUGGGCUGUGAGCAGAGCAAAUCACCUGCGAAUUCCAGUACUAUCAACCACAUGGGUAGUUCAGUGCUUAAUCGAGGGUAAACUUUGUUCAUAUGACCAGCAUCCGCGUUUCAAAUACAAUUAUAUACAAAAUUAAGAAAGCUGAUUAGUUUAUUGUUUUUACCCUACGUUGUUUAGGAACAAUGUAAUUUGUAUAGAGACUAUUUUCCUUUCCUUCUUAUUUUUUAAAUUUCUUUUUCAUUAUCUCGUAUAAGAUACAAAAUGAUUUUACGUGAUUGUAUAUUAUGAAGUU